AUGUUGACCGGAAUUCUGAAAUACGUUUUCGAUUUGGAAGAAUUCCUUAGGUAGGGUUGUAAUACUGAUUACAUAGAGGCAUAGUCCAGUAAUAUUUUGGACAAGCCAGGAUGUCGGCUUUUGAAUGCACUUCUUUUCGAUCUCCUUUAAAAGCCACACUCGGUAAAAAUGACUACUUAAGUCGCAUGCGUUUCUCGCAUUGAUUUUCGAUGGUCAUAUAAAUUCAAAUAUAUUUUACAGCAAACAUGCACAAAAUAUGCUUUCGUCUACUCAUUCGGUAGCAAAUCAUGUCUACGUUACAUUUUAUACUUGAAGACGGUCUAUAUAGGUUUUAAAAAUGUUUUCAAUAAUGGGAUUUUUAAGACCGUGCAAUGUACAUUCACACAGCAUCGUACGUGUCUGUUCACCAAUUUCAUGAACUCAAAAUGGUAUCUCCUCAAAGGCAUAGAGGAAUAAGUGAUUUUCCUUACGUGAAAAUCAUGCGCCAUGUAAAGUGAAAUCGCUAAACGCUAAUGCAACGGCUGCUCUGGCUUAACAUUAAUCUGGAAUUGGAAAACUUUCUUAAAAUCUAAACGUGCCCUUCCUUUAGGUAUAAAAUUGAAGACUACGUGAUGUUCUACCAAAAGAGUAAACGAAGGCCUAUUUUUCGCAUGAUUUUCGUAAAAUAUAUUUGAAUAAAUAAGACCAUAGGAAAUCAGUGUGACAUAUGCAUGCUGCAUAAAUAGCCAUUUGUUACCGAAUACAGUUUCUACAGGAAAUCGAAAAGAAGUGAAUCCAAAAGCCGAAAUCCUGGCGAACUGGAAAUAUUACUGGAUUAUCAAUCAAUAUUACAACCUCACCUAAAUAAUCCUUCCAAAUCUAAAACGCCUUUCAGAAUUUCGGCCAACGUUUCAUGAGAUCGGUCACUCACUCUUGGCAUGACCAUGUUCAACCUUACAUUGUAUUGUACUUCCGGCGUACCACAGCGCCAACGCCCAACCGCCUCCAACGUGAAAACGAUGUCAACGGACAUUCCGGGUGCCAGUUGUACUUGUUAGAUACCUCCGGACCAACUGCAGCACCCGGAGUGCGCCAGUUGUCCUCUCCUCGUCCACCUCUCUCUCGCCUCCCGCGCCGUCAACUAACGUUGGCCACCCUCCCGAAUCGCCGCUGCCAUCCUCCUCCUCCUCCUCCUCCUCCUCCUCCUCCUCCUCAACACCUGUCGCUGUGGAGUCUGCCAUGUCCAUCAGCACUACACACGAUCCUGAAACACCAACAAACACCAGCACCACCACCGUCAACACCAGUGGUACGGACCUGGUCUUUACCCGUCCCCAUUGCGAUCGCACUUUAAUCUCACACAUCAUACUGGUCGGCCACUUGCGAAUCCAUCUCACAGAGACUGGCGAACCGGUGCCUGGAGCACAAACCUAUACUCGCCGCAUUCGCCUUCACUGGCCACACUGCCCCCGCACAUUUACUCACCGCAUGGGCCUAUUCGGUCACAUGCGUAUCCACGAGAGCAGAAUUGACCGCAUUCUCGACACACCUAGCACCUCUUGUACAUCUAUCAUGCCUAGCUCAACCCAGACCCCGUUGCCCAGCGCGCCCACCGCCACCAGUUCCAUCACACUCAGAACAUCUUGCACACUCACCAUGUUCAGCUCAACCCACGCCCCGUCGCCCAACGCGCACACCACCACCAGCUCCACUGUCUCCAUCACCGAUGCUGAUACUGACGCCGUCGACUGCUCCGUUCACACUGUUCCCGUACAUUUGUCCCACGCACUGACCUGGUCGGCCACUUGCGAGUCCAUCGCACAGUGA